AUGACUGCCUACAGGACUAGGUUGAAACAGUUUUCCGAGGUUUUGGGAACAGAUGUAGUAGAUAUGGAUAAAUUACGAAAGUUGUGUUUUAGUGGUUGUCCCUGUGAAUCAGGUUACAGAUCAAUAUCGUGGAAACUAUUGCUGAAUUAUCUCCCUUUGAAAAAAAAUGAGUGGGAUUCCUGGAAAGAGAAACAAAGGGCAUUGUAUUCUCAGUUUGUACAUGAAAUGAUUGUGAAACCCGGAUCGACUGUAAACAAUAAGAAUAACGCUGAUGUCACAAUGGAGGACCAUCCUCUAAAUCCCAACCCAGACAGUGAGUGGGGUGCCUAUUUUAAAGAUAAUGAAAUGUUGGUACAGAUUGACAAAGAUUGCAGACGACUGUGCCCUGAUCUAUUUUUCUUUCAAAGACCAACUGAAUACCCGUGUGAAGAAAUGGUAAAUGCUAGCAAUAAAGUGGAAACCUUGCGGAAACGUGUUGAACAGUGUGUCCUACAAUCUGAGACAGUUUCCAGAAAUUGGCUUGGUAUAACAAAUAUGAUGUCGAGUCGUAAAAAAGCCCAUGAAGAAUACUCUGUGUUGUCUGAAGGAGAAGAAGCUCAUUGGGAAGUUGUUGAACGUAUUCUCUUCAUUUACGCCAAAUUAAAUCCCGGUCUUGGAUAUAUACAGGGCAUGAAUGAAAUCCUUGGCCCUAUCUACUACACAUUUGUAAAUGAUCCUGAUGUUGACUGUAGACGAUGUGCGGAAGCAGAUUCUUUUUUCUGUUUUACGAAUUUAAUGUCUGAAAUCAGAGAUAAUUUCAACAAAACAAUGGAUGAUUCAGAUUUUGGAAUUGGCAGUAUGAUGAAACAGUUGAUGCAGAUGCUGAAAGAGAAGGAUCCAGCCUGCGCCCGUAAAUUAGAAGAACAAGAGCUAAAGCCCCAAUAUUAUGCCUUUCGCUAUCUAACUCUGCUAUUGUCUCAGGAAUUUCCGCUGCCUGAUGUCCUUCGAAUAUGGGAUUCUCUCCUUUCAGAUGAGAAAAGAUUCCAGUUUUUAAUUACCAUGUGCUGUGCUAUGCUGAUAUUACUUCGAAGUGAUAUAUUAAAAGAUGAUUUUCCAACUAACAUGAAACUUUUACAAGUAAGUCAUUUCUUCUUUAAUUUUCUUUUCCAAAAAUGCUUCAGAUAA